CCCCCCCCCGCGCCCCAUGGCCCUGCCUUCCCGCUGAGCCCCCGAAGGCGGCCGAACGCGCGUCCCGACCAUGUACCCGCCGUCCGGGGCGCCCGGUCCUCGGAGCCGGAGCCGGAGCCCGCGCGGGACGGCGCCGCUGCCGUCCCAGCUGCUGCUGCUGCAGCUGCUGCUGCUCCCGGCGGCCAGCCCGGCCCAAGGUGUGAUCACGGAGAGUCCUUUGGGAAUCUCUGAACUACCGACAAGAAUGGGGGACCAUCCUGGCAGGUACAAGAUCGUCACCCCUUCCCUUCUGAAUGGAGAGCCAUGGAAGCCAGUCAGUAGCAUCCCAUCUAAGGAUCACCCGGGGAGGCUGAGUUUCCGAGUAGAAGUGGACAGUGAGGAGCUGAUCAUACACCUGGAAAGAAAUGAAGGCCUCUUGGCUGACAACUUCACAACAACCCAUUACCAGGGAGAUGGCACGGACGUCUCCCUCACACAAAAUUACACGGGUCACUGUUACUACCACGGGCAUGUGCAAGGACAUCCUGAUUCCAUCGUCAGUCUCAGCACUUGCUCCGGACUCAGGGGACUUAUUGUGCUGGGAAGCCAAGCCUACACCUUAGAGCCAAUGGAGAAUACUACAGGUCAACACAAGUUCCAGUCAGCAGAGACUCUGAAAACAGCCUGGGGGGCGUGUGGACAGCAGCAUCUCAACAUCUCGGGCAGGACCAUGGAGAGCGCAUCGUGGUCCCCUCACGUGUUUACAAGGAGGCGCAAACGGGAGACAUUAAAGACAGCAAAGUAUGUGGAGCUUGUGAUCGUGGCGGACAAUCGCGAGUUUCAGAGGCAAGGAAAAGAUGUGGAGAAAGUUAAGCAGCGUUUAAUAGAGAUUGCCAAUCAUGUGGAUAAGUUUUACAGACCUCUGAACAUUCGGAUCGUGUUGGUCGGCGUCGAAGUCUGGAAUGAUAUCGAUAAGUGCUCCAUCAGUCAGGACCCGUUUACAAGCCUGCAUGAAUUUCUGGACUGGAGGAAGAUGAAGUUGCUACCUCGGAAACCCCAUGACAACGCACAGCUUGUAAGUGGGGUUUAUUUCCAAGGGACCACCAUUGGAAUGGCGCCCAUCAUGAGCAUGUGCACAGCAGAGCAAUCUGGAGGCGUCGUCAUGGAUCAUUCCGACAGUCCUCUCGGCGCAGCCGUCACCCUGGCCCACGAGCUCGGUCACAACUUGGGGAUGAAUCAUGAUACCCUGGAGCGAGGCUGUCACUGUCAGGCGAUGACCGAUAAAGGAGGCUGCAUCAUGAACCCGUCCACGGGCUACCCGUUCCCGGUGAUGUUCAGCAGCUGCAGCCGCAGGGACGUGGAGACCAGCCUGGAGAAGGGGAUGGGCAUGUGCCUCUUCAACCUGCCCGACAUCAAGGAAGCCUUCGGGGGCCAGAAGUGCGGCAACGGCUACGUGGAAGAAGGCGAGGAGUGUGACUGUGGGGAGCCAGACGAGUGCACCAACCCGUGCUGCAACGCUACCACCUGCACUUUGAAGCCAGAGGCCGUGUGCGCCCACGGACUGUGCUGUGAAAACUGCCAGCUGAAGGCGGCUGGGACAGCCUGCAGAGCCUCCAGCAACUCCUGCGACCUGCCCGAGUUCUGCACCGGAGCCCACCCCCACUGCCCGGCCAACGUGUACUUGCAUGACGGGCACCGGUGCCACCGGGUGGACGGCUACUGUUACAAUGGCAUCUGCCAGACCCACGAGCAGCAGUGUGUCACUCUCUGGGGGCCAGGCGCUAAACCAGCCCCUGGGAUCUGCUUUGAGAGAGUGAACUCUGCUGGGGAUCCCUACGGGAACUGCGGCAAGAAUUCCAAAAGCUCCUUUGCCAAAUGUGAAAUGAGAGAUGCUAAAUGUGGGAAAAUCCAGUGCCAAGGAGGAGCCAGCCGGCCAGUCAUUGGUACCAAUGCUGUUUCCAUAGAAACCAACAUCCCCCUGCAGGAAGGAGGCAAGAUCCUGUGCCGCGGCACCCACGUGUACCUGGGAGAUGACCUGCCGGACCCUGGGCUCGUGCUGGCGGGCACCAAAUGUGAAGAGGGCAAACUCUGCCUCAAUCGCCGAUGCCAGAAUGUCAGCGUGUUUGGCGUCCACGAAUGCGCCACCAAGUGCCACGGGCGCGGGGUUUGCAACAGCAACAAGAACUGCCACUGUGAGGCCGACUGGGCUCCCCCGUUCUGUGACAGACCGGGCUUUGGGGGGAGCGUGGACAGCGGGCCCAUGCGCCAAGCAGAUAAGCGGGGUCUGGCCCUGGGCAUCCUGGUGACGGUUUUCUGCCUCCUGGCCGCCGGCUUCGUCACCUAUCUCAAGAGGAAAGCCCUGAUCCGGCUGCUGUUUACUAACAAAAAGACAAAGACAACGAUUGAAAAGCUAAGGUGUGUGAGUCCCACCCGGCCGGCCGGCGUCACGGAGCCGAAUCGUACCCGGGCCGCGAACCUCGGCCAGGGCCUGCUCAGAAAGCCCCCCCACGGCGACAUGCCGAAGAAGGAGAAUUGCCGAAGGUCACCGAAGUAUCAGAACAUCAACAUCAGCAACCCGGUGAAGAGCCUGAACCCCUGCCCUGCUGGCCUCCUGCUGCCCCUUCCUCAGGGCCCGAGUCACCAGGCCGUGCCUGCGAGACCCCUCCCGGCCAACCCUGCCGUCAGGCAGGCCCAGGGAACGCACAAGCCGAGUCCUCCCCAGAAGCCUUUGCCCGCAGACCCUCUGAGCAGAGCCGCCCGGCUGAGUGAGACCUCGAGGAAAGCGCCUGGGCCGCAGGAGGCCGGCCAUCGCCUCAUCCCCACGAGACCUGCCCCUCAGUUUCCACCGCAAGUGCCCCGACCCUCCUACCCCGCCUGCAUGAAGUGAGAGGCGCCCGGGCCGUUGGACAGUGAAGACAGCAGUUUGCACUAUCUUUCAGCUCCAGUCGGAGCGCCUUGUGUGUAUCAAUCCCUCGAAUGUUUAAUGUUGAAAACACCAUUGUUUCUAAGAACUCUGAGCUCCUGCCUUCAGGACUGUGCUGUGCGAUGGUGCUCUGGGGACUUGCUCAGGUACUUGUAAAUUAUUAAUUUAUGAUGAAUAUUUAUUACGGUGCGGUGCACGGUAGUAGAUAUUGUUUUUUACCAUCUCUGAGUUUUCCUUGGAAGGAAAUCUUCUUGUUUUUAAUAUUUCAGUGAACUUGAAACAUUCCGCUUUGUGGGAUUCUGGGCCGAAGGGUAGCUUUGGGGAUUUCUGCUUCACCGCAGGCCUGGCGUUGGGGAGGAACCGCCGCCUUCUUCGCCCCGAUCAUCAGGGCAGCCGGUUGUGGCCGGGCCUCCCGAUGGGGGGGGGCCUUUCGUUAGGCAGGGGAUGCCGGAAGAACGGCCCGUGUCUCAGACAGCCCCAUUUAUCUCAGAACGUCCCUUCCUCGCCUAGUUUGCAGGGUGGCAGUUGUUUCCUUUAAAGCGGCUGUUCCUCCCUCCACUGGCCCGGGCGGAGAAGGGGCUGGUUUCAUACCAGGAAAGAGUCUCUGCCUCUGCUGGGGAUGGAGGCAGGACGGUGCUUGAGAAAGGUGAAGGGGCAGAAGUGACCACCGGGAGAUAGACUCAAUGAGCCCUGUUUCUUCCAAUAGAAGUGUCUGGGGAUCCCUGGCAGCUGCACAAGCUCCCUGGACUUGGUCAAAGGCCUGGCCUGAGACAGGGCAGUGAAUCCACCAUUCGGCCAAUGGUUUCAUCUGUACCGAGUCCCCUUGACGCUUCUAGUGUAGGAAACAUGAGGGCUGGGAUUUGCACGUGAUUUAGACUGAGAAAGGUUAGGCUAGUCUGGGUGCCAGAGUUCCUGACCAGGUGCUAUAUUGUCCCUUCUACGGCCGGGGCUGACCAGGUCGCCUCCUUGUUUACUGGGCUGUAAGGCAGUCGUUCUGGAUUCAGGAGGAGGCAGCCUUUCCCUGGCACCAGAUCAUUUUCAGAUGUGAACUAGUAACUAGAUAUAGCCCAUCGAUGCUCUGGAGAAACCCCCUUUUCUAGCGCAGUGCUCAGGCUUCCCCCAAACUGGCUCCUGGUGACGCUUGCAUCGUUUUAAGAAGAUGGAGCCACGUAUCCAUUAGCAUCUCCAGCUCAUCUCUAGCAUUUGGGACAUUAUUUAUAAAAUGUCACCAGGCAUUUUCUCUGGAGCCGUCUUGCUCUCCCAGACUUAAGUUCCCUCCAAAGUUCUCACAGGCUCAGCAUCUUCCUCCUGGCUGAGCAUCCCGGGAUGUGAGAAGGAGUCCAUCUCUUUGCCCCACCCAGCCGUAGGCCCCCAGCCUGCCGGCUGCCCUUCCGGCCUUUAGCCCUUAGAGACACCUGUGGAGAGCCAGAGUCCCGGGAGGGCUUUACAAAGCUCCUGCCCGAUCCCCUGGAACCCACCAGGAAGACAUCUUGGAGGGUCCCCCAUUGUGCCCCCAGAGCCUCCUAGUGGAGUCAUGUGCGACUGCAGCUUUUACCUUGUAUGUAACUGAUAAGUUCCAGAAUGAAGAGCUCCAGGAUAAAAGAUUUUUCCCCUUUCCUUUCAAAGGUUUUUCUGGGCCUUGAGGCAGGAAAAUAAAAUGUCUAGGGGCUAUUUCUGGAUUUUUUCUCUCCAGAAGAGAGAAUUGUUGUUACUUUUCCUCACGUUCACUGGGCAAUCUCGACAGCAAAGCUUUCAUGUUUAUGGACAGAUUCCCAUCACCAACACUCAGCAGAGUUUAGCCGACACCCCCCCCCAGCCUGUCCCACUCAAAAAGUGCCUCAUCUCCCAACACAAUCACCAGGUUCUUUCUGUUCACUCUGAAGACCUGUUGGGAAAAUGUUAUUGCCGUGAUAUUUAUAGCGUGCCUUUGUUCUUUCUGUAUUCGAUUUGGUAAUUGUGCUGAACCCGAAGCAGGUGCUAUUGAACAUGUUUACAAAAUGUUUGGGUGCAUUUCUGGCGUUCUGUGGAGCCACAUCGACGCCUUAGGUCUGGACUCUCCGGGCCCCUCCUGCUGCCGGCUCAGAACCAUCUCCUCCUAACCACACUGUCUGUGCCUGGUCUUAGCCAAUUUAUGCAAAUAAUAUUAAAGCUGUGAUCUUACUUCCUACCAUUAAAAGCUAUUUGGGGCCGCCAGCACAUCCCUAUUUACACAUUUCUGGUGACUGAUGGGAGUCACUCAAAGUGCCCUUAAAGGGAAAGCUGCACUAGGGGAGGCAGGAACUGGGAGCGACUACCAGAAGUACUGUUACGUAUCCCAGUAAGGCAUUGGAGGUGGCGCUUCCACUUCAGUAGGAUUUAUUGCCAAUUCCUAUGCCCGGGUAUGAAUGGGGUAUCGGAGAAGAGGGGCCGGCAAAAGGGGAGAACUCUCUGAGCUUCACUGAUGACAAACGGAAUUACGAAACAGCAGCAAGGCCGCGUCUAACGUGGUUGGAUAAUUAACUUACUGAGGUAGGAGCAAAGAACCAGCCGCCGCCAUCGCUACCCCCGGCUCUCGUGGGUAAACGUUUUUCCGAGGGAUCUCGUAGUGAUUCUGAAUGAUGGUUCACAGAGGUGAAAAACUUCUCUGUUCCAAGCAGUCAAGUCCCAGUCUCUCACAGUGGGAGGUCUGCAGCUUGUUUUUCAAGCAUUUCAUUUAGAAUCUGCCAUUUAAAGCUUUUUAAUCCACUUGUUUUCCUGACAUGGAAUCGGGCCUGAUGUAGCAAGGAGGCACAACACACAACGUUUUCCAUUGUCAAACUGGGUCGAGCGGGGGAGGCUCUCCUAUCCAGCCUGAACCUCUUCAGCUCACACAUGUGCGAUGACAUCACACCAACCACAAAAGCAACAAAUUAAACUACACUAGCAGCUCAGGCAGUUCUCAGAGGGGACGUUUUUAUGCCUCCUUAACUUUAUUAGGAAUUCUCAGGCUAAAACGAUAGACUAUUCUUGGGAAAACUGGCAACCUUUCCCGCCCUCUCAAUGCCCAAGGGCUAUGGUGCGAGCAGAGUCAGUGAACGGUUCAGAAUGUGGUACACGCGGAAGGGCUGGGGUCUGGUGCCGGGACGCCUCGGGCACCUGGUUUGUAAGCUCACCUUUCAGUGAAUGUCGACCAAGCCACUUCUGGAAGACAUAAAAGGAAAUGGCCACUGGCUAACCAGUCUGGGUCUUUAAAUACAAUUUUUAAAUCUUAUUUAUAAUUUAUUUAACUUUCAAGGACCUCGUAUAGGGCCAGCCCUGGGCAAAACUGUGGCGUUAUCUGCCGCUUCCCCUUUUUGAGUCUGCUUUCCUAUCUCCACCAGCUUUGUACCCCUUCCUCCUGGGACCCCAAGGCUUUCUUCACUGACAUCAAAACUCACUUGAUCUAUCAGUGUUUCAGGCCCUUGACUUCCCAUGAGUCAUUCUUAAUAGGCCCGCACUGUGUGCUUUACAAUGAUCUCAUUUGAUCCUCAUAGUAAACUUGGGAGGACGGUGCUAUUGUCUCCACUUUAUGGAUAAGGAACCUGAGCUUGUGAUUCGUGCAGGGUCACACAGCUCAGCUGGUCCGGCUCUCCAUCUGCCCUUCCUUGCUAUAGGAUGACCCGCUCAUCCUAGCAGAUGCUUGGGGGAGCUCAUGGGGGCCUCAUCCAGAGGAACGGCCUUCUGGUGGGAAUCCAGAAGCUGGGACCAUUUGAUACAACAGCCAGCUGCCUGCCCUCCCCCUCCCACAGGGCCGGCUCAUGAGGCCUCAUUCAUCCAUGAAGCUGAAAUUCAGCUGCUCCCCUUGACCUGGCCCAGCCUUGAACAUUCCAAUUUUUUCCACAUAUUUCUCAGAGAGUCCUCCCCCCGAGCUGAGCAGGUCAGCCAGACUGGCGGUACCUGCAUCACCUCCCUCAUCAUCUCCUUCUUCCCCGGGAUUCAUCUGUGAGUCGGUCCAUUCAGCUCCAAAAGCACAGAAUUUUCCAUGGCCUUUGGCAAAUAGGCUCCAUUAUUAACCCUCCAUGUUCUGCCUUGAAAGCAGAGCCCACAGGUGGCUCAGCAGAGCCUGCCUGCAAUCCCAAGGACCUCGAGAGCCUUCUUUGUCGGGAGGGCCCGGUGCUCAAAGCCCUGCUUGCCCUGCCUUUGCACUGGUGUCUGCUUCCAAGUUCCACGUUGUCUUCCAAUGAGAUUACAGCUAGGUGUUAAUGUGGCCCCAGCCCAAGCCGGGAAACCUGCCUCCUCUAGACCCCUUGCUGCCAUUC